AUGGCGCCUAGUUUCGAACGCCUAGCUGCCUCUCCCCGGCCCAAAAAUGACGGAUCCGCUGGUAUUUCGAUCGAUUUCAGAGGCCGGCUUGGACCAAUGAUGUCGAAAUUCCCCCAGCCCCCAGAUGUCCAACAAAAGAGAAAAGGUGUCGAUACUGCUACUCCCGGCCCCGCUCUAGUGCACGCCCAUGGCGGCGGUAUGGCUAUGGGUACUGUGCCACUGAUGGAAGAUUACAUUGGGAAUCUCGUUCAAGAAACCGGCACUCAGAUCUUCUCGGUUGAGCAUCAGCGAGCUCCCGAGCAUCCGUUCCCCACGCCGGCAGAAGACUGCUACGCGAGCCUGGUCUGGGUGACCACGCACGCAGAUCAAUUCUCCAUCGACCCUCAUCGUAUCGGUACGAUGGGUUAA